AGGCACUUAAGGGUCUGCUAGGCGAUUCUGGGGAAGAAACUCGGUUAUAGAUGAAGAAACGUUAGAGGGAUACGCUUGCACAGUUUUUCAUGGCAGUGCAGAUAUGUGUUGUCUAAAGAUGGAUAUCUUCUUUCUCGUUGCUGUACCCUAGACUUCCUCUCUUUACUAUCAAUGCUGGCCGUUCUAUUACUCUUCAUCCUUUUCGUACCUCAUGCAGCAUCAUGGCAAUUUCAGUUCAAUGGCACCGCAGUGGCUAACGCCUCUGCCAGCGUGACAUGGACGAGGGACGCAGACGAUAGCACCACAGUUGGUUUUGCCUUCCGAUUGAGACGACCUGACGUGCUUCCUUCAACGACGACUAUCCCAUAUUGGUGUCAAUUUGGAGGUAUCGAGGAGACUAAGGGGACUUUUUUCGUGCAGUUUUUCACCGAAGGAUCGUACAUUGCUGAAGCGAUGAAAAUCCAAGCACUCCAAACGACGAACUCGUCAAGCGAUAUCCUCGGUACUAGCGAUAUAAUCAGCGUUCAAGCCCCUGACUCACCAGCGCCAACUGCUCAAGAUGUCCUUACUCUGAAUUUCGCCGCUGCUAAAGCCGUACAAGUAUCAAACCCCCAAACGUUGGUCGCAAUCAGAUUUAUGUUUCAUCGGGGUCCUAACGAUCUCCAGAACAUCGACGACGACAUCUGUUCCAUCUACGACACUUAGAAUUCCUACCACAAGAAGCAUCGUACCAGUCCCAA